AUGGGUAAGUAUUUCAAUUUGAUGCUUUAUCAGCGGUUUAGAACAAGUGUGUUUUUCAAGGCGGUAGCUUAAAAUGCGGCAUGCAGAUUGCUCUUAAGGUUUUUUGAAGGGUAUCUACAUAAAUGUAGGAACAAAACUUUUCAUAAUACGUAUAGUAGACUCUUUACACAACGAACUCUCGUUCAACUAAACGUCUGUAUAACGGACAAUUUCAAGAAGUUCAGAGAAUUAAUUUUUGGCCAACACGAACCUUUGUACUUAAAACGAACCCUUCUGUAACGAUGAUUUUUUUGCCUUUGCUGUACAGAGGUUUGAAUGAAUCUUUCUACCAACUUUUGUCAAAAUUCAGUGAAUCGCCUUUUGAGGACUUCCCGUGAAAAACCGGUGAAAACACUGUUUUCCCGCUUGCAAUUAGCUCCGUCCUGCAGUAAUUACCAUAUUUUACGGAUUUUGACAGGUCUUAAUCUUCAAAAAUACCGCUCUUGAAAAAGGUGAAAUUGCGUGCCAGCACUUGUGCUUUCGGUUAAUUGUUUUGGAAAGGAUUGGGAUUUCCUGGCGCGCUGAUAAGGGGAAAUUUACGAAAACAAAAGCGGAAGAAUUCUUGGUGUUUUUAGAACCGUUAAAGUUUGGCACAGUUUCUGUAAACCUUUCCUAAAAUUGGCCUUUUCAUUCAAAUUUUUCGGAAAACACUUUUGUUGGCAUUCCCUAAUGCAGCUGGUGUUACAUCCAUCAGCAUUCCUUGAAUCUUUGUUUUUUGCUUGUUUCAUUCCGUGCAUUUUCCCACCCAACCCUUGCUCUUUAAUUUACUCUCCGAAUUCAAGGUAGUCAACGAAAAAAAAAGUUGAUUACAAAACUCUUUCCAAAAAAGUGACGAAUGACUUGGAUUGCCAAACCCUAAGCACUCAAAUAAUACAAUAAUAUAAUACUCUGUCGGGAAAAUAAUGAGCGAAAUGUCGCACCGGAAGUCGCAUCGCUGCCAAAAAAAUGAAAUGUGUCGCUGAAAAAUCAAAUUGCUUUUUCCUUCAACGCGCGAUCGACGGAGCGACAUUAUGCUCAUUAUUUUCCCGACAAACUCAUAAUUAAUCCUCGAAAGUUUUUAUACAUAAUACACUCCAGAAAAAAUUCCUACCUGCAUUCAUUCUCUUGUCUUGGCGCUAAUUAGCACAGGCAUAAUAAGUUUUGGGCAUGCAGGUUUUUCCUUUCAAAUCUAAUUCCUUUCUCGGGCCCGUUUUUCACAUUGCGGGGUUUUCAAACCCCCGCCGUUCCCACCGCAUUUGUACGCGGCCCCAAAGGUUUUGACUCACUUUUCAUGGACUUCAAUUUCAGAGACAUGGACCAACGACGCGGCCGAGAAAUCGCCCGAAAAUCACAGAGUACGUUUUUAUGGGGCGGAUUGUGUCGCGUAAUGCGGAUUCUGUUUUGCGCGGGUUUUUGGGUAGGGAGCGAGUUUUUUGAUGACAAAGUGACGGCUUUGGUGUAAGGCUUGGAGGUUUUUUGAUACGCCAAAUCAACCACUGCGUCCGGUCGUAUGAAAAUAAAGUGAUUGCUUGGCAUUUUACCGCCACAAAAACAAUCCCAUUUCGGAGUUUCUAAAGUUAAAAAAGCGAUACAUUAACUUGACUAUUUCCAGCUUCCGACCAGCUCAGCUUUAACUCCUGAAGUCACGGCUUCAAGCGAGAAAUCCCGCAGCCCCAACACAAGGCACAAGCAGAUCUCGCCGGAGUUCCAGCUCCUUAUGCAAACAGCGCCACGCCCGGUAAAUGGCAUGGUAAAGACCUACGACAACAAGAACCGCACCUUCCAACGUCCGUACUCCGCAAAGACCGUAUUCUUCUACAAGGACAACGAUGUUUACUUUACAGUAAGUGUUGGGGAUUUAGAAGGCACCAAAAUAUAUAUAAGCGUAAUUCCAUAAGGGCCGUUCCAGACGUUUCUACCUCCCAUGGAACGCAUACAAAUACGUAGGUAAUCACAGGUCUUUAUUCUAAAUCCAAGUCGUAGAGUUUUACGUGAUCCCGUCAAAAGCCAUCAGGCUCAAUACAUAGGGUUUUUGACAUAUUAAAUAAAACCCCGUCCACAAUAUCAUUAUCGUUGCAAGCCCUUCCGUAUACCCCUCUCAAGAUGGCAACCCCAUAUACACGGAACCUGUUAGGCCUAAUACUUGGCCAUCGUAACUGAUAAUUGAGGUGCCCGUGGAUACAAAGCCGCCAAUUAUGGCUGCGUAUCUCCUCCUUCGGGCAUACGCACGACCAUGCUGUUGUUGUAAUUGCGAAUCGAUUUAGGGCGUCCGCGUUCCGGUGACGAAAGCACGCUACCGAACCAUCGACUCGUUGCUGGACGACCUGAACAGUAACAUUGAGCUGCCGUUCGGCGUGAGGCACUUGUACACGCCGUACGGUCGCACGCCGGUCAAGACUGUGGACGACUUGAAGCACAUGGGAAAGUAA